AUGGAUCAAUCAAAUCAAGUUGCUCUGGCUGCGGAUGCCAGUGACAGUUCACAUGUGGUUGAUAAAAUUGAUACUAUAUUGAAUAAAAAUGGUGUUGUGAAAGCUUCUGACGAUGAAUUAACUGAUAUCAGGACGCAGGUUCAGGAAACUAGUGCUAGAAUUGAGAAGGUUGAGAAGUUUUUGCAAUCAAAGGACCAGUCAGUGAUAAAUUCAAUGGAAGAAUUAUUUAAUUCUGUGAAAAUAAUAUCACACAACCAAAGCACUUUGGAAAAUAAAUUAGAUGAUCUCCUAAAUAAUCAGAUGAAUACUGAUACAAUUAUUAAUAAGUUUAAAGAUUUUCUAGAUAAAUUGAAUGUGCAGAUGAAACAUAGCAACAAUAAUCUUAGUGGUAAUUCGUCACUGCUACACGCUUUAAUUGGAAACUCGCCAUCUCCAUUGGCCUCUUACAGUAAUGAUUCAUUACGAAGGGGUCCUGGAAGACCAAGAAAAGAAGAAAGUCCAUUAAUAAAUGAUCUUUUAUCAACUAUACCAUCGUCUUUCAAAAAAGUGCUACCUUCAGAUAACAUACAGAUUUCUAAAUCAAGAAGAUAUUUUAAUGACCCAUUAAAGGAAGAUGAUUACGACUCGUCAGCCACUACAAAAAGUGGCAAGUCCUCCAAACAGUCAAAAUCUAAAAAAACAUCAAGCCUCCAAAGUGAAAAUGGAUCCAUUAAGAGAAGAGGAAGACCUCCUAAAAAGAGAACAGUUGAUUCUGUGUUAGUAAAAGUUGAUUAUGCUAGUGAUAAAAAGAAACCAUUUGAAAAAUCGACUAUGAACAGCAUCGAUAAAGAUUCAGAGGACCUUGAUACUAACGGUGCCACUGAAGAUGAAUAUGAAGAAAUUGAAGAUUCAAAUACAAUUGUAAAAGAUGAUCUCGAUGAUAACAGUUUGGAAAACUCUAUUAUACAUACAACAAGAUCAAAUUCAAAGUUAAAGUUAUUGAAAGACGCUAGAAGUAUGAAACACGAUGAUGACCCUCUAGCAAUGAACAACUUAACUACAAAUCAAGAGAAAGAGUUAGAUAAAAGAAGAGAUGACCGUGAGAAAAUGUUGGUUAAUUUGAAAUAUAACGACAGAGACAGAGCGAAAUCAUUCAUGGAAUCACACAAGAAACUACUGAAUGCUAUGAAGGAGGAAGAGAGAAGAAAGAAAUUGAACCCAUUAAAUUAUUCUGCUGCGCAAAAAUCUCCUGACUAUCCAAGUGAUGGUGCAGUCCCUUCUCCUAGUAUUGAUACUAUAACAAAUUCAAAGGACGGGGUUGAAAUGGAUGAUGUUUCUGGGACCAAAGAGGUAUUUUCAAGUUUAGCAAAAGCUGAUGAUUCAACCGCUAAUCAACCCAUAGACGAGUCUAAGAUGUCAGUAAAUGCAGACAUAUCUGCUAAUGUAAGUGAUAUCUCGAAGAAUGAGGAGGUUGAUGAAAGUGAUUUGAAAAAUGGUACCACCGAUAUUCAUAACACAAAACGUACGGUUCCUAAUGAAUUUGAAGAUGAUUUUGAAGAUUCAUCUAAUCUAGAUAGUCCAAAAUCAAGACAUUUAAGGAAAAGAAAACUAUCAGGUAACGGCGAUGAAUCUAUAUCUUUAGGGCAGACAUCGACUGCAGAAUCAGCAAAUAUUAUGAAUAAAUCUCAUUUAAUGACAUCUUCCGCUGAUCAUAUCCUCAAUGACAAGAGCUUUACUAUAUUAACUGAUCAUCCAAUCGAGCUAUUCUGUAAGGGUGGUUUAUUUUACUUGAGGAAUUCAUUGGACAGACCAAUUACUAUUGGUGAAUAUUUGAAAUACAAAUACAGAGACAAAGAAAACGAAUUAAUAAAAGUAAAUAUGGCAGGAGGUGAAGCAUUAGAUAUGAGUAAGCAAGAGAGAAUGAAUGCUCAUACCUUCAAAAAAGAUAUAGAUGCCGAAACAAAAGAAGCAUUUGAUAUUCUUGGUAGCACCAUUUUGACAGAAAAGUACGUUAAUAGUCUUGAGUACUUUUUACUGGAAUUCCGUUGGGAAAAUAGCUUAGUUGGUUUAGGUUUAAAACUAAAAGAGUCUAAGAGAACAUGGCAAAGACGUAAGGCUUUAUUUGCUCUAUUUGAAUUCUGGAGAGACCAAAGCAGACAAAAGAGAAAUUUCCAAGGUUACACCAUCUUACAUAGUGUGAAAGAAAUGGAAAGUUACAGAAUAUUUAUUAAUAGAUCAGUCUCGUGGUUUUAUAAUCAUAUCACUUUAUUGAAAAUGAUUUUAUAUGAUCUCUGUGAUAAUGUUAAAUCUCACUGGAGAGAAUGGAUGUUCCCUAGAAACCAACCAUUACCAGUGAUAGGCACUAACAAUAUUGACAGUAAUAACAUCAAUACUGCCAUUGAUAGUAUCUUGACAUUAGAUUUCCUACAACACGAUACCACCGACGAAGCAUUAGCAUUAACAAGCUCCAAAAGAAGUCACAAAAGCUCAAUGAAAAUCGAAGAACCAUUAACUGAGAUCCCACUAUCGAAUAUGGAGGUAUCUGCCGAUGAUGACUUGAAAACUGAGCCAAGUAGAGCAGAACAAUCUAUAACCCAAUCUUCUGAAAAUAAUGAUAAACCACAAGAUGAGCAAGCGGCGGCUCUAGUUACAGAAGCGUAUGUUACUAAUAUAGAUGUAGCAAAUGACGAUGACGACGAAAGAGACACUCUUAACAUAUCACAUUUGAAUAGCAGUCCAUAA